UGCCGUGCCCCGCGGCGGUCUCCGUCGCCAGGCGUGACCGCCGGAGCGGCGCAGCGGGGCGCGGGCCCGGUUCUGAGCGCUGGCGCAGGGUUCCCGGUGUUCAGUGCAGAGAGAGGCAGCGGCUGGUUGGGGCGCCACGGCGGAAGGAAUACAUAGCGGGCUGAUAACAUGGCCGGACAACACGAGUACCCGUUCAAGUUACGGAAGCUGGACGAGGCCACCAACCAGCGGAUCGCCACCGCCUUCCGCAGCUACCCGAAUGGCUUCCAGUCUGCCAACCACUUCGGCUUCAAGCUGAGCGGCACGGCCACGGAGGAGCAGCUGAAGGCCGCCUACAACUACCCGCUGGAUCCGCGCGACAUCUGGCUCGUCUCGCCGCCCAAGAACGGCAACACCUGGGCACAGGAGAUGAUAUGGCUGCUGGCCAACGACCUCGACUACAAGGGCGCCGCGCAGCCGCUCAUGCCCAACAGGUGGAACUUCCUCGACUUCCCGCUCAUCAAUGAUGCUGACUGGGAAAAGGGCUUUUUCGGAAACCUCAUGGCGACCAAGCCCGAGGCCCUGGAAGGCGCAGCACCCAUGUCUGGGGACCCUAAUCGGCCUUCGCCGAAGUUCGUCAAAUCUCAUCUACCUCUCUCGAUGAACAACCCUGACCUGCUCGACACGUGCAAAACAUUCUACGUGGCGCGCAAUCCCAAAGACGCCUGUCUGUCUUUCUUCAAGCACUGUCGUCUCUGGAAGAACCACGAUUUCGUCGAGGACUUGGAAUCGUUUGCCGAGCUGUACAUGGCCGGGAAUAUAUUUGAGACGCCGGUGGUUCCCUGCAUCGUCGAGGCGUGGAACCUGCGGCACCACCCGAACAUCUGCAUGAUCUUCUACGAGGAGCUCCAACGUGAUCUGCCUGGUCAGCUCCGCAGGAUCGCUCAGUUCCUCGGCAAGUCGUAUUCGGACGCGGAACUGGAGAAACUUGCUCAGCACUUGCACAUUGAUAGUUUCCGGAAGAACCCGUACGUGAACAUGACGGAGGGUCUCGCGAAGGAGAUGUGCAAUCAAGGCGAGGGUUCGUUCAUCAGGAAGGGCGUGGUUGGUGACUGGAACAACCACUUCUCCCCGGAGCUGAGCGCAAAGUUCGAUGCUUGGCUUGAGAAGCAGCUGUUGGGAACCGACCUGAAGUUUGUCACAAAGCUGUGAGAGUUUGCAUAGUUUCUGGUGUGAAAUCGAAAAUCAAAUGUUUCAUAAAUGAUGCUCUUACGUUUUUCAAGGAGAGCUGAAACCCACAUUGUAUUGUGCUGUUGUUUGGUGAAUGAAAAUUGAGUGAAAUGGUGCUUGGUGGCUGGUGGCUUGCUAUUGUUUCGUUGCUUGUUGCUUCAUGCCGCUUCCACAGUCCAAUGGACAUGUGUGUCACUUGCCGUAGCGGGUCAUGCCGAAAUAUACCUCCGAUUCAAUGCCGUUGCGAAUGAAUCGUAUCGCAGCGUCUCUUGCAUUCCCUGCUUAAUUUGUUGUGCGUCACGUUCCUUAUAUUCAGAGAAUCUGAAUGAUGUUGUUUACGCCUGCACUCGGUACAAAAUACACCUAACUACGAUGGAUAA